AGCUCUCUCUCUCGACGAUGACGACGCAAUGGACGCCACUUGCGGACGUGACAAACGGACGAGCUGGAGAUGAGGUGCAUGCCGGGAUGCAUGCACGUAAGCCGGUGGUGUACAUCACUGUCGGCCCGCCCAACUCGGGGAAGAGUCACUUCCUCGCCACCGAGACCGAUGCCGUAGAUGUCUGCCUCGAUGACGCUGAUGGCAUGUAUCACCACAUCCUGUGGGAGGACCGUCGCCACAUCGGGUACGACGUCGAAGAUUUGCGGGAGGAGCUCAAGGCGACUAUCGCGAGCGAGGAGAGCGAGAUGCUGGCGAAAGCGGUGGUCGACGCGCUGGCACGGUUUUCUCCGUCCAAGCAUGGCUUGUGUGCCCGCAACGAGAGCGAGACAUGUGCCGAGUACUCGUUCACCAACAUUAGAGUCGGUGUGCGUGAGUGCCAGGCACGGAUGAAGAGGCUGAUGUCCGACAACGCGACACCGCUGGCGUGGGGAAACACCAACGCCAAGAUUUCGAGCAUGAAGGCUGUUGUGGCCAUGGCGGUCGAGGCAGGCUACGCCGUCGAGUUUGUGGUCAUGCCCAGGCUGCCGUUGGCUGAGCUCAUGGACCGCAACCUGCGCCGGCUGUGGUUGACCGGCAAGUACAUCCCUAUCGAGGCCAUCGUCCGCUCGCAGGCCGCCAUCGACGCCAUGCUUGCUGCCGGUGCACUGAGUGUCGACCGAGUUCUCGGUCGCACCAACGCGCCCGUUCACCCGCAGCCGGAGCUGCAACCGCAACCGGUCAAGCGGCGAGUCAUUGACUCUGAUUCCGAGUCGCAGUCGGACUCGGACUCGGCUGACGACCGCGUGACGCAGCUCGAUGCGCUGGUCAAUGCGCUCUCGACGCUGGCGAUCGACUCGCCACCGUCGUCGCCCUCGGAAUCGCCCUCGCCGUCAGCAUCUGUCACUCCGCCGCCGUCGAUGCGCCUUGGUCCGGCGGCAAGUGUAUUGUCCGACUCGGAGGACUCGUACGAGCUUGACGUCGAGUUCCGUCGCCUCAUGGCCGGUCAUGGCGAGAGUCGCUACGAGUACGAGUACGAGUACGUGACGCCACCGCGUUCGCCGGAAGGCGUUGCGCGCGCAGCCGACAACCCGCCGACACCCGAGUCUGUCGACGCGGCUCCACCCGAGUUUUCCAUCGCCUCGGAGCUGUACGCUUACCAGCAGGAUGGCGUGAUGUGGAUGCACGCGCUGCACACGUCGUCGCUCGGGGGCGGCAUUCUUGCCGACGAGAUGGGUCUCGGCAAGACUGUCCAGGUGGCAUCGUUCCUCGAGUCACUUGCUGCCGCCCGCGAUCUUGACCUCGUUCUGCUCAUCGUUCCGGUCGCUGUCGUCGAGUCGUGGUGCGCAGAGCUUGCCAAGUGGGCUCCGCGCCUCGACGUCCUUGUCCAUCACGGCGGAAGCGCAAAGACUCGCGCCCGUAGAUUUAGUCAGUUUACCGCACAUGGUGGGCCGCGUGCUGUUGUCACCACCUAUGGUGUCGUCCGAUCGGCUCCCGGCGUCCUCGCCGCUGCACCUGCUGACUAUGUCAUUCUUGACGAGGGCCACCGGAUCAAGAACGCGUCGCGACAGAUUUCGCGGGCUGUCCGUCUUCUCUCCGCCAAACACAAGCUCAUUCUCACCGGCACGCCUGUCCAGAACAAUCUCGAAGAGCUGUGGGCGCUCAUGGACUAUCUCACCGAUGGGCUCCUUCUCGGCGACCUCGCUUCGUUCCGCAAUCUCUAUGCCAACCCGAUCCGCGAUGCAUCAGCGUCAGACGCGUCGUACUACGAAAAGCGGCGCGGCGCGGCGCUGGCGUCCACGCUACGCGAGACGCUCGCUCCCUACAUUCUCCGUCGCGAAAAGGCCGACGUUCUGCCUUCCGCCGGUGAUGACAGUGGGGCGGUGACGGGCGACGAUACCGGCCGCGAGCACGCUGGAGCUGCUGUCGCCGCCGAAAUGCCGGAGAAGAAGGACGUCAUUGCUUGGAUUCCGCUCUCGACGACGCAGCAUGCUAUCUACGAGCAGUUUCUCGAGUCGGACACGGUUGCAGAGACGCUCAACCAGUCCAAGUCGCCACUGGCGGCCAUUGACGUGCUCAAGAAGAUCUGCUCUCAUCCGUUUCUCCUCGCUUCGUCGUCACUCUGCUCGGCCGGUCUCGGCCUCGACGCAAACGAGCCCGGCAUGGCCGAGAUGGCCUCGGGUAAGGUCGUGUUUCUGCUCAAGCUUCUCCGCCGGCUGGCUGCCGACGGCCACCGAGUCCUGCUCUUCUCACAGUCGCUUCGCAUGCUCGACCUGCUGCAGGGGCUCAUCGCCGCCCACGGCUACACCUGGUCGCGGAUCGACGGCUCUGUUAGCUCGACUGCCGAGCGACAGGGACGGAUCGAUGCGUUCAAUGCUGCCGACUCGGACAUCUUCAUCCUGUUGAUGACGACCCAGAGCUGCGGCGUCGGGGUCACCCUCACCGGUGCCGACCGGGUCGUGCUCUUUGAUCCGCAGUGGAACCCGGCGAUGGAUGCACAGGCUGUCGACCGCGCGUACCGGAUUGGUCAGACACGCGACGUAGUCGUCUUCCGCCUCAUCUGCGCAGGCACCGUCGAGGAGAAGAUUUACCGCAAGCAGGUGUUCAAGGGUACCCUCAUCAAGGCCGUCACCGAAGACCACAACGCCUAUCGCUACUUUACCAAGUCGGACCUUGCCGACAUCUUUGCUCUUGGUGACACAACGUCGUCGCAGACAAUGGACCAGCUCAACUCGCUUCAUGCCGAGCAACGCGAGGCUCCUCCGGCUGUUGCCGCCGAGCUCGACGCCAUCGCCGCCGAGUGCACCGCCUCGCUCAUCGGCUUCUCCGACCACGAUCUGCUCUUCUCAAAAGCUGCUGCCGUCCACUUUGAGCAUCUAGCCGCAGCUGCUGAGGACCUGGCAUUCAUCAACGAUGCGGGCUCCUGCAUGGUAAGUGGCGAUAACGACAGUGGGCUUUGUGAUGGACUUGGCGUUGGUGAUGUUAUGGUCGAGAGAGUGGCCGACUCCGCUAUCGACGAUCUGGAUGGGCCUACCCUCGACGACAGCACCGACAGUGUCAAUAACCCGAUGGUCGACGCCCAGGCCCAUCCUACCCUCGACGACAGCACCGACAGUGUCAACAAUCCGAUGGUCGACGCCCAGGCCCAUCCUAUCCUCGACGACAGCACCGACGUCUUCUCCGAUGCGCCGUCGACUCCGGUCACUCCGUCCUCGCCCACAACGCCAUCGAUGUUCCACACUCCGAACCAGACACCCACCCGUCGCAACUCUGACGACGCCGAUGACUCGUUCUGUACACCCAAUGCCGUGCCCAGCACAUCACCGGCGCUUGCCGCUCCAACACUGACCAUUCAUCCAGAGACGUGCGCCGCGCACCGCGCCGAGCUCGAGGCCCACGGCGAGCAGUCGUUCACGCCGUGUCUCUGCUACAUCACCGCCGAAAAGGCCGACAUCUACGCAGAGGUUCUCGCGCUUGCCGAUGACUUUCUGAACGACGGUGAGCUGAGCGAAGCCCAUGCCAUGCUCGGCCGCGCCCUCGAGCUGUGCGACUCGGAUCUCCGCGUUCGGCUUCAGUACCUCCGGCUCGGCUUCCAGCUCCACGUCAACGUCCACUGA